ACUUUCGAAAUCUAGCGUUCCUCGCCAUUUCUCUCAAUCAUCUUUCAAUCGAAUUCGAAACCAUGGUUUCCGCCGCGCUAGUUGCGAAAGUCCUCUCUCAGGCUGUGACUCUAGCGGUGCAUAGCUGGGAAUACGGGACGGUAUGCGAAGCUCUGCUAGAAUGGAAGAACCCUGAAUGGUCUGUCUUCGGCGCAGAUCCGUUCCCAGGUGGGAAACUACCAGUCUUGAACGUGGACCAAGUGGACGCUUUGAACUAUGUCAAACCGCAUAUCAGAACGAAUAACGUCACACUCGUCGACGGCGCUGGGGCAGCAGGCGACCCAGCCUCCCUCGGCGUGCCAGCCCUCCUCAUCGGGAAGACAAACAGCGUCUACACCGACGCGGCAGUCCGGCAAGAGAAGCACCUCGUGAACGACGUCCCGCGCUGGCCAAACGGCGCCAUCUCCCAGCGUGAAUCACUCCCCGAGCUAUGGGCAGACGAAGUCUACAUGGCUCCUCCAUUCCUAGCGUACUACGCCGUGGCAAAGAACAACCUGGCUCUAGCAAAAGAGUCCGCGGGCCAAUGCCUCCUCUACCGAGACGUGCUCGUCACCCCAACUGGGCCAUGGUACCACAUCACCGGUCCGCAAACCAAAGACUUCGGCCUCUGGAGCACCGGCAACGGCUGGGCCGCCAGCGGCAUGGCGCGCGUCCUCUCCACCCUCCGCAAAUCCCCUUUCAACAGUGCCACAGAGAGCGAGCAAAGUUCCCUCACCGCGGCCAUCAAGCACAUCAUCGACAGCGCCAUAGCUCUCGAUACUGACUCCUCUGGCCUGCUGCGCAACUACCUCAAUGACACGACUUGGUUCGGCGAGAUCUCGGGGACGGCGAUGCUGACGGCGACGACGUUUCGGCUGGCUGUGCUGGCGCCGGAUAGCUUCGGUGGGAAGUAUACGAAGUGGGCGGAGAAGAAGAUGGGGGUUGUGGAUGCAGGGAUUGAUGCGGGGACGGGGAUUGUGAGCCCGGCAAUUAAUCCGCUGAACUGGCAUGAUCGGACGCCGUUUACGACGGGGAGUCCCGAGGGGCAGAGUUUUGUGGUGUUGAUGCAUGCGGCGUACAGGGAUUGGAAGGCGAAGAAAAGGUGAUUGAGUGCGGGAGGGAAGAAGAAGCUUGGUAGUCUACUGAAAGGAUGAAGCAAGAGAGGUGCUCUUUCUUGAUGAACGAAUGAGUGACCUAAAAGUCGCCUUUGAACGUUCCUCAAAACAAUGAGAUAGGAUGGAU